AUGCAAAACCGAUUAUUGGAAGAAGAGGACGAUCAACAGCUCCUCACCUCAAAUACAAAACCAACGUCCACUUCCGCCCACAAUCACAAGAAUGAUUCCCGAUUUGCAUGGUGGAAAAUGAAAAAGAAUAGAAGAUCACAUUUCAUUUGUUGGCUCAUGAUUUUGACCAGUGGUGUCUUACUGACAGUGAUUGGUUUAGUGAGCAUGAUUUUAUUAGUAAUUUAUUCACCAACUCCAAAGGAAAUUUUGGAUGGAAAAGGUCCCAUCAGUGACAAGCAAUGGAAGGAAAUUGUGUUGGAAACUUUUGGAAUUUUGAGUGGAUUUGUCAUUGGUAUUGGACUUGUCAUGUCCAUCACUCCGUUAAUAUGCAGUUGUUACAUUAUGAAUCCAAAGGAAUUCCAAAUUCCUGGAAUUCAUGACGAUGAAGAAGACGAUGGAUUGUAA